AUGGAUCGGUCGAAGCGUGCAAAGGUGGUUGAUGGAGACAUGAACGCUGCUAUAGUAUACCUGGAAGGCAAGGCAGCUGCUGAUCCCAUGUCUAUGGCCCGGUACAAUUUGACUGAAGAAGGUAUGUUGGGAAACAUGUUCUGGGCAGAUGGUCCUAGCAGAGUUGAUUUUCAACACUUUGGAGAUGUAGUUGCAUUCGAUUCGACGUAUAAGAAGAACAAGUACAAUAGACCCCUUGUCAUAUUCUUAGGUUCAAACAAUCACAAGCAAACAACAAUUUUUGGUUUCGGUUUGGUUUUAGAUGAGACAAUCAGUUCAUACAAGUGGAUGUUGGAGAACUUGUUAGAAGUCAUGUGUGGGAAGCUACCCUCUGUAGUCGUUACCGAUGGAGAUGAAUCAAUGAUUGCUGCAGUUAGGGAGGUGUUGCCCCGGGCAACCCAUAGGUUGUGUGCAUGGCAUCUGCAGAAGAAUGUGACCUCGAACAGCAACGAGCAGAUGUUCCGUGAUGUCUUUGCCAAGUGGUUGUAUGCUGACAUGGAGGUUGAAGAGUUUGAGUGUGAAUGGGCACAGGUUGCUGAACAGUAUGGGUUACUUAAUAAGUAUUGGGCGUUACAAUUGUAUGAAAAGAGGAAGAUGUGGGCAAAUGCGUACUUGCGUCGCAAGUUUUGCGCUGGGUUUCACACGAUGUCUCGGUGUGAGGGCAUCAAUUCCCAUCUAAAAAAAUUUCUGUCGUCUAGGCACACUAUUCUAGAGCUUGUGCAAAACCUGGAGCUACUAGUACGGGAGUACCAGAACAAUGAGCUGGUUGCACAGUUCAGUUCAAUUUACGGUGUUCCCGUUAUGACGACCCGUCUUGAUCCCAUCGAACAGUUUGCUGCAUCGGUGUACACGAAGGUCAUAUUCAUGCAAGUGAAGAAGGAGAUUGAGUCUAUCUCGAUCAUUAACUUCGUAAGCAAACGAAGGGUCUCAACAACCAUGGUGUACACGAUUGAGGAGUAUGGAUUCCCCGGGCAGAAUGUGGUGGCAUUGUACGAUCCAAAAAGGGGUAGGUUGGUAUGUCGAUGUGGAUUUUGGGAGAAAGAAGGUUUUCCUUGCAGGCAUAUGUUUUUUGUCAUGAAGCACGAACACAUAAAAAGAAUUCCCGAAAGCUUGAUUUUGAGACGAUGGAGGAAGGAUGUGAAGACAGUCAACGAAUACACUGAGAAGACGGGACUAGAGGAUGAGCGGGGUUUCUUGUUGAGACAUGGAGCCCUGCAUGCCGCUUCGCAGUGGAUGUUGUUCGUCGGAUCAAAAAACGACGAUUUGUAUAAGAAAUGCAUGAGCGGGAUCAGGCAGAUCUGCUAUGAUCUAGAAGCCCGCAGCGGCAAUGACACGAUGGAUAGGAGUUCGAAUGCUGCCGGUGCUGUUCGGGAUCCAACCGUUGUUUCUCUGCACUUUGACAUGCACGCUGAUCAAGGCAAACGGUUAGAAGAGGAAGAUCAUUGUCGUAGUGAGCAAGAUGGCGGAGCUAACGACACAUGGGACCAUGUAAUAGGCACGGCGCAAAGCCAAACCAGGAACAUGCGCGGAGUGGGUAACACCGUCGACUGGAACAUAGAGGUAAUCGACUUGUGGCUUGGUAAUCUCCCUUUUGAUUGUUCCUCGUGUUCUGAUUUCUCCAUCCAUAGAACAUGCUUUGUGGCAGAUAUUGUGUUUGGGAAUUUCUUGAUAUUUUAUUUCAUGGCGCUGUUCUUCGUUGUAGGUGUUGGAAAUAUUGCGGUUGUUACAAGAUCGCUGUUGAAGCUGAUGCCCGGAAUCGAGCAGCUGCAUCCAAGUUAG